UCGAUUGCGUGUCCUUGGCGCAACAUCAAUCCCCGUCAAUAAAGCUCUAAUCUGUGGUUUGUAGCGGAGUGGAUAUUUGCUAGCCUGAUCAUUUCUCCUGAAGAGUGUCGGAUUUUGGCUAUUAUGGCUUCAUUGGGGGAACCUGUCCGACUGGAAAGAGACAUUUCUCGAGCCAUUGAAUUGCUUGACAAGCUCCAGAGGACGGGGGAAGUGCCACCCCAAAAACUGCAGGCACUGCAAAGGGUCUUGCAGAGCGAGUUCUGUAAUGCUGUGCGAGAGGUGUAUGAACAUGUGUAUGAGACAGUGGACAUAAACAGUAGCCCUGAAGUCAGGGCCAAUGCCACAGCCAAGGCCACAGUUGCAGCGUUUGCGGCCAGUGAGGGGCACUCACACCCUCGUGUGGUGGAGCUACCUAAGACUGAGGAAGGACUUGGCUUCAAUAUAAUGGGAGGGAAGGAACAGAACUCUCCUAUUUACAUCUCACGCAUCAUUCCUGGGGGAAUCGCCGACCGCCACGGGGGCCUCAAGAGAGGCGACCAGCUUCUUUCUGUCAAUGGGGUGAGUGUGGAGGGGGAGCACCAUGAAAAAGCUGUGGAACUUCUCAAAGCUGCCCAGGGCACUGUGAAGCUGGUGGUCAGGUACACUCCUAAAGUCCUUGAGGAAAUGGAAUCCCGCUUUGAGAAGAUGAGGUCUGCAAAGCGCCGGCAACAGAACAGCUAUCCCCAAUAGUGUUUUUCAUCACUGGCACACAAUUCCCUUAUCUUUCACCCCGUUCCAGCUAUCUGUCACAAUUUUAACUUUCUCCUAAAACUUAGCACACUAAACCAAGUUUAGUUUGUAUCCACAUAUAUUAUAUUUAUACCUUUUCUACACCCUACCCCUGCAACUUCUUACACUGUCCUCCACACUACGACUCAUGGCAAACACUAGAUUUAUCAUAUUUCUACAAGUAGUUGGUCAUUCACGCUUUACAUGUGCAUUACAUUUUGGACUGACAUAUUGGAUGCCGUUUGAGGACCUGUGAGACCCACCACAAAGGUUCCUUUGACUGAAGAGAUGUUUUUUGUUUUUUUACAGCCUUUAUAAAGUGCCUCAGGGCAAUACAUAUGUAUUUAAACUUGUACUGUCAUUCAAAUUACCCUCAUUUUAAUUUGGGUACAAAACUAAGGUCAGAUGAUUCAACAUUUGAACGCCAGGUUUACUAAGCAUUUGCAGGAAUGCAAACUUCACACCUGCUAUUUUUGAGCGCGAAAGGAAAACUGGUUGAAAUAGAACACAUUUCUGGGAUAUAAGGGGUAUAGAAUAUAUAUAUUAUCGAAGAAAUUAGGUAUUGUGUGUAAAUUGAUAUAGACAUUUUGUGUUUACCAGUAUAUGAAGGCUAAAUGGAGGCGGGUAUGUUUUACCAUUGUCUCUGUUUUGUUUUUCCUCCUGAAAAUAACAGGUGUGAACGCUAGGUAGAUCUCUGUUUAGUGUUCUAAUCUUAAAUUGUUAAGGAAUUAAAUAAUGCAUUCUCUGAAUUUAUUUUUAACCUCAUGCUGAUGUUUUCACUGUCUUACAAGCUUAAAAAAAUUAUUUUGCUGUCUCAUAAAAUAUUCAGCAACUUCUAAGUUUUGCAUCCCAUGAAUGAUUUAGAGCCUUCAAAUGCAGAUGUUUUCAGUGGGCUGGGAGAAGGCUUACUGAGAUGCUGUGCUGUCUUUUACAAUUCAGAUAACCUUUUCCCCUUAUGACAGUAAGGGGGGACAGUAUACCAUUUUGAGACCUUAGGCAAACCUGACAUUUUAAAUAUUUCAAAAGAGCAAUAAGUCAGAACCUUUUGAAACCAGAGGGGUAUUUCACGAACCGGGUCAGCAGAAUAGCCACAUUUUUUUGCCUCAUUUCUUUGAGUUACUUUGCUCUAAUCACACUUCAACGGUGUGGCCAACUCAUUCAAGGUGGGUUUACAGUAGGUCGGCCAACUUGUCGCAGUGACGACCAAAAACAUUCCAAUGUUUUCCAACAUAAACUGACGUUUCCAAAAAGUAUAAACGAGAAAACAACAGUAUUGCACUAGGGUGCUACAUGCGAUCUUUCAACACGAGUAAACCCAUUAUUGAAUGGCAUUCAUUAAAAAAUGCAUGUGAUCUACCGGUAUGUGAAACCCACCUUCACUAAUACAGUUAAUAAUAAAGACCAAUAAUGUUGCUAUGCUGUUGCUGCGCUGUGGUUAAGUAAACAAAGCCAUCUUUUUGGUUGCUGACUUUCAGGUUCGAAUAAUUACUUGUUGAUCUAUAAAAUCAGGUAAAUGUGCCAUUUGGGUGAACUAUCCCUUUAAGAUGUGAACUUAAUUUGGCAUCACUGAUUUCAAUUUCAGAUAUGCUCGUUUUCACCUGAAUAGUAUAGUUUGUCUUUUUAUCUUAUGAUGGUCACCUCAUGAAUGUACUGUGCAAUUCCAGUUAUAUUGAUAAAAUAGAAAGCCCAUAUGUGUAUCCUUAAAAUAUGGAUGAUCAUGUUCAAGUUGUUGGCUACUUUCAGCUUGAGAUUCAUAAUAUUCAGAUAAACAGUUAUGUGGGAAAGAUCUGGCUCUGAUAAAGGGCACUGCAAGUGGAGGAUAUCAGAUUUUUUUUAUACACUGGGGGUCUUUAUUUACUAAUAUUUUAACGUUUUUGCUUAAUUGAAUAAAAUGUAUUAAUCUAAAUCAUGAAACCUUUUAUAUUUCCUUAUCUCUAAAGUUUUCUUCAUUUCAUAAAUAAAAUAUUGUAUGUUCUAUUCAUUCUUUUAAAAAUAUGUUUAAAAAUAAGCAAAGGCUUAGCAGAUUUGGCACCCCAUAGCCACAUGGGUGUCCGCUUGCCCCUCAAUAUGAUAACUGAAAUGUUGUCCUUGUGACUGACAUUAAUGGUUUCAUCAGAAUGUUCAGGACAGUUACCUUGCCAAUUCCUAGAGCUUCGUGAAACACCCCUCAGGUUUCUACCUUCUUAUACUUUGGAAGGGUCAAUGGAAUAUUUUUGUAAGUGUUUUCUUUUGAUAUUUUUAUUUUUUACAAGUGAUUUUCAUGAGAGAGAAAAAAAUCUAGAAAUUAUUUGUAUUCCUUUUCUGACUGUGUUAUGUCCUUGUUUCGAGUACCAAGACCAAACUUGCAACAUUUAUCAGAACUAUUUGAUAUCAUAUUGAAUGUUUGCUUGUUUUGGACUGUUAGGCCUACUUACAAAAUGUGCUGCUCUCAGUUUAUUCUUUCCAUUUGUAUUGUGUUACAUUUAUUGUGGAUGUAUAUAAUUAUUUAGAUCCAAAUUAUUUAGAUUGAAAACUGCACAAAAUAAAUUAUACCAUGAACAUC